UGCGAGCGACCCGGAAAACUAGUAUAGCUAGCUGCUUUGCUUUGUUGGUAGGUUCCGCUUGGCGGCCGGCCAGAUGCGCUCUUCUCCGGUUGUCCUUCUUCUUCUUCCCCGCCUUGCCCUGUUGCCUCCCUCCCUCCCCCGCGCUAGCUAGCUAGCUAGCUCCCGGCCUGCAGAUUCGUCGCGGCUAGCUCUCUCUUGCAUGGUGGCUCCUUGCUGCGCCGUCUGGUGAUCCGAUCGAGGAGCCGGUGGCCGGAAGCGCUGGAGGGGGAUUCGGCGAUGGGAGAAGGAAUGCUGUGAGAUGAGAUGGUUGUGAUGCGCUACUCCCCGAGGUGCAGGUGUAAAUGCAGUCAUAAUAUUCGGCAUGAGAUCUGUCUCUGAGCUGGUGUGGUCUCCAGAUGAGGGUCUGAGCAUUAAAAUUGCAGCGUCCAGCUUAAGCACAAGGAAAGCUUCUCUUCGUUGGAAUGCAGAUACGUUGAGCAUAGUAAUAUCUUCACCUCAACAGAGUGGUGGUGGUGGUGGUGGUGGUGGUGGGGAGAGUGGUGAUAACAUAGAUGCUACAGUAGAAGACGCAGAAAAGAUGCCAUCCCAAUUACGAGCUCUCAGUGACAGUUCAGUGAGAGUAUUCAUGCCUAGCCCAUCUAGAAUAAGAAAUAUUGAUGCUCAACAAUGUACUUCUGUAAGAUCACAUGGGCAAGAUUCAAAAUGCUGUGGUGGGAUGGAUGUGAUGAAUGAAGGGAAAGAAUCAUCUGACAACUUCUGUGUGGAUAAGCUGGAGGAGGAUGAAGUGGGUAGCUGUCCCUCAAGAUGCUGCAAGGAUACUUCUCAAAGUCUAGGUUCAGGUUUCAGAAAAGAGGUCAUUCCUACUAUUGCAGAAAAACAAGCUCUCUGUGUAAGCACUGUCCAUGAUGAACGAUCUUGGGCAGCUAAUGCUUGGCGCGCUCGAUUAGUAAAGGCAAUUAGCCAGAAAGACUCUGUUUUUCCGAAUAACGCAGACAAUAUACAAUCAACUUCCGCCCUUGGGAACAUUGGUGAUGCAGCAACCUUGCCAGGUGAAUUGACAGGUAUACUAGGUAAUAGAAAUGACAGUGGCCAAGAUCAGUCUUUGCAGGACAACCAUAAGGAUGGGCUUGUUGCUAGAUGUGAGACUGCAUCCGCUGUAAAUCCUGUUGCUAGAUGUGAGUUAAUAUCUAGUGUUAAUCCUUUUGCAAGAUACGACUCACUACCUGCUUGUAAUCCUAGAAAGCUUGAGAAGGGAAAAGAAAAGAUUAUCUAUGAUAAUAGCAAUUGUGUUAGCAACACAAAUGAAGGUGAUGACAGCAAUGAGAGUAUAGAGAGCUGCCCAAGUACAAAAGCUCCAAAGAGGAAGCAUGGCCAAUUUUCUGCAGCUCAGAUGAUGUUUGGAAAUAAAAGAUAUAAAAGGGAAGACAAUGAGAGUUCUUGUUCAGGAUUGUUCCACAAAAAUGACAGCUCUUUCUUUAAUUGGAUGUCAACUCUCACUAAUGGAGUAAAGGUGUUUGAUGAAACUACUGUUCCAGUUAGUCAGAAAUUUUCAGCAGCUACAGGAGAGGAAUUUCCUGCAAACCCUUUGCCACUCCAAAACAACAAUGGUGUUCCACUGCAGUCUGUUGGAUUUAAUUCUCUUUUUGAAUCUCUUUAUGGUCACAAUGUUAUGGUAACUUCAAGAAAUACCUGUCACCAAUCAGAAAGCAGUUACACUGCCAACAGGCUAACACUGGGUUUCAAUAGUAGCAGACCAAUCAGUAUGGGCAGAGAAACUCUUGAUGUAGCUACUGGGACUGUACCUGCAGGUAGAAUUCAAAUGGAUUCUGAUGGUGAUAGAGGGGCAUUUCAAAAUCAAAUUGGAAUAUUCCCUUUAAGAGCAGGAAGAAAUCUGAAAUUGCUCAACUCGGGUAAGUCAUGCUAUAGAUCUCUAGAGGAAAAACAAAAUGGAUUCCAUGGAAGCUCUUCAAAUGCUGCAACAGGAGAUAAACGUGAUUUCUCAGAAAGCUUAUGGGUAAGUAGACUUUUGCCAAAAACGUCCAUGAAAUUGAUGGAUGCAAUGGACUGUGAUGAAGAAAGUGAUUUUGGUGCUGCCAACCCAAAAGGUUUAGGUGAUAGUUCAUCACCGAAGGAUUCUAAUGUGGAGAAAGAAUUAAACAAUGCACAAUUCUUCACUGGCAAAGGAAGUGACAACGAAACUACAAGUAGCAAAUGUGCAGCACCCCAAGAUGACAAUAAGCCAUCUGAAACAAUGGCAUCAAUUUUUGCUAAAAGAUUGGAUGCACUUAGACAUGCAACAACAUCAGCAGUACAUCUGGCAAUCACAUGUGACCAUGGAAUGUCCAAAGGGCGUAAUCACAGAUCAAGCUCUUUUGUUGUUAGUUACAAUAGUCAUGAUGAGCAUGAAUCUGUUCAAAAAACUCACAAGUCUUCUGGUGGAGAAGGAAGAAUAGUUUUAUGGAUAGGUGAUAAAGGUAAGGAACAAUUAUCUCCUGGCAAUGACAAAGAAUUAGGAGAAAACGUUUUGUCUGGGCAUGAAUAUCAGAAUUGUGGAGGGAACUCAGAUGAAAAUGUGGUACCUCCUAAAUGUAAUUUAGAAACAAACACAUAUAAUGAAGAUAUUGAUAGGAAGAGACUACAAAGCAAAGAAGGGGCAUCACAUUCCAUUGAGAAUCAGCCAGAUGACAAACAAAUGGUACCUUAUGGUAUUGUGCCCAAUGAUGUUUGUGAUGAAUCAACUGUAGUUUUUGGAACCUUGCAGAGGCUCCGUUUGUCUCGCUCAGAUAUAAUAAGAUGGAUGAGGUCACCAGUUAUGCACACCACCUUAGAUGGCUUUUUCUUGCGUCUACGGUUUGGUAAAUGGGAGGAAGCAUUGGGUGGUACUGGAUACCAUGUUGCCAGAAUAAAUGGAGUACUGGAUAGGAAUCGCCUUUCUGUGACCAUCAGGAAUUCAACUUGCCAAGUAGAUUCUCGCUUUGUAUCCAACUACGACUUCCACCAGGAUGAGCUGAAGGCAUGGUGGUCAGCUGCCAAGAAGAGUGGAUGGAAACUACCUUCAAAAGAAGAACUCAAUACGAAGCUACGAGAAAGAGAGCUGCUUCGUUUCUGAAACGGAACAGGCGCCCCAGCGCCAGAUGACAGUACCAGCUUCAAUUGCUGCGGUUUCUCUCUUGCUUGCCCUCUGGUCUGAAAACGCCAGCGGCGAUGCAAGCAAAGCAUCAGUAAGACAGUAAUUAAAUCCACUACUGGUCAGGCUAAGUUCUGCAAUGCGCUGUACUUGUAUAUUGAGAGAAAUCAGGCUGCAUGCCGUUAACCUGCCGUGGCGUCAGCUUGUGGCGUUGUAUUACUACAGUACUACACGAUUUGAUUUUCACGACGGGAUGAGUUGCUGUACCUUGUGCGAGCUGUUAUUGUUGCUCGUCCUAUCUGCUGUAAAUAGGAAGCCGCUAAGUUGCUAACAGAGCAGUGUAACUGUACUUCCAAUGCAUAAAAAAUAUACACACACUAAAUAUUUCCUGGAAGAA